UCAUGGUCCGGACCACCUCCAUGACAGGAGAUCAGGGGUAAAGGAGCUGACCUUUCAGUGCUGUGAGUCAGAUGAUGUUGAUGGGGUGUGCGCUUGUGUUUGUAGAAGGUUCAUGAUAGCCGCGUGGGAUUUCCUGUCUCUCUUUGCUAAUAUUCUGCUCACAUUAUUAUUACCCCUUUCAGACGCCAUGUGUGCGUCGCCCUGUCCUCCUCGUUCACACUCUCUGUUCUCUCGAACACUCUCAGCAGGCACAUCUGUCCAGCGCACGCUCGCCCCAAUACACUUUCCUCUUGCGCUCAGCAGGAACAUCUGUCCAUGGCAAAGUCCACACCGUGUACCGAACCUCUUCCACUCUCCAACUGUUUCUCUUCCCCCCGAAUUCUUCAUCCACUUUCAAAAGUUUUCUUUGCAUUUCAAAUGAUGAGUCUUGGAGAGGCGUGGUUUUUAAAAGUUUUCCACAAACUGUUGGACAUUCAUUACGGUUUGAAGUCUUCAGGCGAUCAAUCUCUUGCUCUGUGGAGAAACGGUUCUUUAGAUCCCGACCCGAGCUUGUCCCAUCCUUCUGCCAGCGUCGAUAGGAAGUGGGACAUUGAAGUUUAAAAAUGAGUCCGAACGGCGAUGGAUCACCAUGCACGCGGCACGGCCGACAAUUACUCACUGACCUUUCAGAGAAAUCCUUGAAUGUCUUUUUCCCUUGCUUGAGUUACAGACUUGUAGCGAUUUUGCUCGGCUUGAUUACUUUUUUUGUUUGUUUAGUUUGUUUUAUCACCCUGUUUAAAACGAUUUCUCGUGGCGUACUCUCUAUGCAGCUCAUACGCUGAAGGGCAUUACGGCCCUCGCUAACCGAGGUCAUUGAUUUUUUGCCGCUUGAUUUAUGGGGCGAGGGAAACUCCUCUGGAGAGCAGGUCCCAUGCCGACCAAUGAAAUGGCGUCGUCGGAGACGCUGUUGAACCUAGACUUUCAUCAAGCGCCCAGGGUAAGCAGUAUGGAUAGUGGCCCAUUGUGUUGUCCGAAGAUAAUUGGGUGCGUUCAAGACCUCGCUGAGUCAAAAAUCGGAACAAUACAACAGAUUCAGUGCCAAUGCCGCUGCUGUAGAGGCAACCAGUCCAUCUAACCAAACAGAGGUUACUAACCUGUUGAAUUCAUGAGAUGCACCUCAGCCGUUCAGUAGCACACAGUCGUGCAACUGCAAGGUGGUCGAUUCCCAGAUUGGAGUUAAAUGAAUGAUUUGUUCUUGCAUCCUGUAGUGGCAGGGCAUCACUGGCAGGUCUAUACUAUUGGCAUACGUGUCGUUUUGUGGUUGCGCUGUUACCUUCAAAGCUCAUUCUCAGGGAUACGUGAAUAAACAUUUCCAAUAGCUUCAUUUUUCACUGUGCCGUGACCUAGAACAUCAACUUGACUAAAAAGGGAACUGUAGUGCAGAAGUUUGGGUUGCACAUCUAAAAGUUAAAGAAACACAUGUCAAGUAAUGUAAACAUUUUUGAUUCAAAAGUCCAAAUGAAUUAAGUCUAAAAAAUGCUGUGUUAAAAAAAAACAAAAAACAUUUCUGGGUUAUUUGGCAACCCAGCGCUGGGUGAAAAUUAAACAGAACACAUGCUGUUUUAUACAUUAACCCAUUUGCUGUUUGUUUUUUUGUCAGUGCUGGGUCAGUCAAUUUGAUACUGAAGGUUUUUCAUUUUAAAUAAUAAAAAUGCAUUCUAAAAUCUCUGUUGUAUAUAGGACAGGAACAGUUCAUAUAAGUUACACUAUUUUUUAUUCAGUGGCAAGUCAGUCUUUUACAAUAAUAAAAUACUCAAAAAACAUUUAGCAAAUGUUUUAGGACGUGACAGGAGCAGCAUCAGCAGCCAAUAUGGAAAUCUGUGGGAAGAAAACUGGUAUCAGUAGGCUGUUCCAGUUCAUUAAAUGACAAUCUUAUAUAGGCCUAUUCAUUUUUGAAAAGUUACAUAAAAACAACUUUUACACAUGACAGCGAUGUCGCGUCGUGUUUCAGCCCUGGUCGCGGAUUUGUUUUGUGGGAGGUAAAACUUCCAUGGUGGCGCCGACGCGUCGUUUGGCUAGCGUCUCAAGCAGAGUUAGCUGCGAUGUACAUGUAAACAAAAAAAGGUAAAAUGUGAGAAUACAGAUGUUUUCCUAUUUCCAGUACAGUAAUAAUUUGAUAGGAAUGCAAUACAAACCUUAAUUUCAUUCCGGAAGUUUCCCCUCAGGACGUUUUCUCUCAGAAAAGAAAAGAAAAUGACCGUUGUAUCCAGUUUAAACCGGUUUGGCACAGACUACCCAACAUUGGGUUACACUGACCCAGCGCUGGGUAGGUAUGUGAUGACCCAGCAGCUGAGUUACAGAAAAACUACCCAGCACCUGGGUAAAAAUAUUAAAAAAUAACCCAAUAAAAUGACCCAACAGGCUGAGCCCAGCAUUUGGGUUAAAAAACAAAACUCAUUUUUUAGAGUAUUGUUUUAUCCGUGCUGGACUAAACUUUUCAUCCAAAUGUUCAUCUAUUGACAUAAAAUAUAAAAUGUGUGUGUGUGUAUGUAUGUGUACAGAUAACAUUUUAGUAAUUAAGUUAUAUAUUUGAAUUAUACUCUCCAUUGAUUACAAUUUGUUUUACCCAAAACAGUUUUUGAUAUUUUUGUUACAUUUUUAUUGUUUAAAUACUGUUACUAUAAUAAUUUUGUAUUUAUUUAAACAUAUAAAAAUUCUAUCCAAAUCCUUUAAGUAGUUUGUAAUAUAUUUAAUGGCCUUUUUUAACUUAAGAAAGUAUUCCAUAGUUUAUUUAUCUCAAUUCAGUGUUAAUGAUCAGUAGGUUCCCUAUAGAGUGUGACAACAUGCCCCGCUGUAUUUCAAGUGUGUUUAACAGUCUAGACUUGUUUUUAUUAUUAUUAUUAUUAUUAUUAUGUCUCUCCUGUGUAGGUGUUUGAUCUAGUAGAUGUCUUUGAUUUUGCGUUUUGGUGUGUUAUAAGACAGCGCUGGGUCUCUCCCUCCCUCUUCUCUCUCGUGUCCUGCGCUGCGCUCACACUCACGCAGAGCGUCUCAGUUCUCCAGAUUUUCAUGACAUCCACCUUUAUCCAGCUCAUCCCGUCUUUUGUGCACAGAGGAAAGACUUUAAAAGCGAGGGAAGGAUACCGGGGUUGUCUUCAAGGAUCUCAGGCAGCUUUUCUCGUCUGUCAGUGGAGUUUUUCUUUGCGCGUCCACAUGUGGAGAGACGCUGCUGGUGAUGCGCUUCUGGAGAGAUGCUGAUGCUGAAGCAGGGCUGUGAGUGAGCCAACAUCAGCAGAAAACAAGUUAAGUGAGAGAAGAGGACAAGAAGAAAAAAAAAAGAGAGGCUGUUUGGGGCCCGGGCCAAAAGUUCAUUAACAAAACCUAUCGGACUUUUUUUCUCAUCUGUAGUGGUGCCUCUCCAACCUUCAAAAUUUCGCCCAAAAGCAGACAGGAGGAUCGGCCGGUGCUGACGCGGCUCGUCGGCAGGAAGCGGCUGAUCGCGGCUGGGGUGCUUGGUGUGGUCAUGGUCCUGGUGCUUGUGAUCCUAAUCCCGGUUUUGGUGAGCUCUGCCGGGACAUCCGCCGCGCACUACGAGAUGCUCGGCACCUGCAGGAUGGUUUGCGAUCCUUACGGUACCAAAUCUCCGACCAGCACGGUCUCAGCAGAUCCGGCCCGGGACAGCAACCUUAUGCAGUCUUUACCAACUUUUAUACAAGGUCCGAAAGGUGAACCGGGACGCCCGGGGAAAGUGGGACCGAGGGGGCCUCCCGGUGAACCCGGACCACCCGGACCCCCUGGACCUCCUGGAGAGAUGGGGGAACCGGGUCGACCUGGAUUACCCGGGCAGCCGGGACCAAAUAUGGCCACCGGUGCCAUCAGCGCGGCCACCUACAGCACCGUGCCCAAAAUCGCCUUUUACGCAGGGCUCAAAAAACAGCACGAGGGCUACGAGCUGCUGAAGUUUGACGACGUGGUCACGAAUCUCGGGAAUCAUUAUGACCCCACCACGGGCAAAUUCACCUGCUCCAUACCGGGAAUAUACUUCUUUACCUACCAUGUGCUCAUGCGAGGAGGAGACGGAACUAGCAUGUGGGCUGAUCUGUGCAAGAACAACCAGGUCCGUGCCAGCGCCAUCGCCCAGGACGCAGAUCAAAACUACGACUACGCCAGCAACAGCGCCGUUCUUCACCUGGAGCCCGGAGACGAAGUCUACAUCAAACUAGACGGGGGAAAAGCCCAUGGGGGGAACAACAACAAGUACAGCACCUUCUCUGGUUUUAUUAUAUACGCCGAUUAGGACAUACGCACCUACUCCAGACGGUCUAUCCUGUCCCCCUCUGCUAUUCCUCUUCUUCUUCUUCUUCUUUUUUUUUUUUGCAUAUUUUUCCUUUGGGCCCGGGGCAAGCAGACAGACCUGCUCAAACACCCCUCAUCAUUAGUCUGUAGAUGUGGGUUUGAAGGCAGAACUCUUUGCCCUGCAAUCCAAAAAUCAAGAACCAAAAAGAAAAAAAGCCUGGAGAAAGAAGCACUUCAUCACGGAGGAGAAGAAGCUUCUGAGGAGGAGGAGGAGGUUACUGUGUGUCUUUCUAUGUCUGUGGCCAUCAAAGAAGCCUGUGAGAUGUUUUAUAAUAUGUAACCCGACAUAAUCAACUAUAUGUGCAAUAACGUAAACUACGAUAUUUGUUAUUCCAAUUCCAUCUCGGUAAUACCUGACUAGUCAGAUGCCUAAAUGAGUUUGAAUCAUGAAGCAUUAACCCAAAUGAUAUCAUCAUCCAUUAGAUAUCCUCUAUAAAUGAUCCUCUCGUGUUCCUCUUGCAUAAUAUAUAUCUGCUAAAACACUGCAGAUAUUUGUUCCCUGACUGUUUGUGAGUGCUGAUUAUGAAUUAGGGACAUAAAACAAAAAAUAUACCUUGGUGGUUAAUGGCUUGCAGUGAAAUAAUAUUCCAGUUAAUGCUUUCAGCGAUUUACUUUUAGUCUGCAGUGUCAGGGUGUCAAAAGCCGUUUUUUUUUUUUGGGGUGUGUAAUGUCAGCCGGCAUCUUUUAUUGCACACAGACGUAUACUAGACCGAGAAGGAAUAUGUUUCUUGUGGUAUUUAGAGCACUAUGCAGAGUAUGGGUGUUAAUAUGUAAAUGUGUAUCUAUCUUCAGAGAUUUCCAGAAUGUGAUUAAUAAUAUUGCAUCUUAUUUUCAGUGUAAAUAUGGUAAUGGAUCUCUUUUUUUCUUUUCAAUAUGAAAGAGCAUCAGGUGACCGUUAUGUAUCUGCGUCACUCUCAUCUCCAGGUUGGGAUGGCAGGGAAUGUGUGUGAUGAAUUAUUACCCGAGGAUUAUUUUUUCUUUUCCUGUUCUGCUGCUGUAAUUCUCAUUCACAUCUACAACCCUUCAAACACAUUUUCCAUUAAAUGGAAAUUGAUCAGA